CAUCGGUCCCCAACAUUGACGUGUCCUCAACCUCUCUUAAGAGCUGAAACAAUCAAAGGGAAGGCGACUGGAAAGGUGUCUUGGAAAGUCCAUGUGACAGACAACUCUGUUAUUGUGAAUCCCAAUGCAAAGAUCAAUGUGACCUCAAGUCAUCAUUCUUUACAAGAAUUACCUAUUGGUGGGACUAUAGUUGUUGUUACUGCUAGAGAUUGCGCAGGAAAUGUUGCGUCUUGCAGUUUUCACGUUGAAAUCAGAGGUUAGUAGUUAUAUAUAAAGAUACCUAUAUUUACUUCAGGAUACAAUAUUCCGGGAAUAUUUUAAUAUUGAAUACUUAAAAGUAUUCAAUACCCCACGUUCGAUGUACAAAAAUUCUAACAUGACUCCGAGGCUUUAGGGUUAAAAUUGCAAAUUUUUCUCGCCUCCAUUUCCUCGCAAUUCCCAGAAGAGAAAAGACGAAAGAAAACCAAAACAGAUAUAGAAAAAUUACCAGAAAGCAUCGGAGUCGUGUUAGAAUUUUAAUACAUCGAACGUGGGUUAUGAAGCCAAAAUGUUCAAUGUCCAAAGACGAAUGAAGCCUUGCAUAUUUUAAAACUUCUAGCGUUGUUUUCCUCUGCUGACAGCCUAUCAAAAACACCAAACUUUAAAAAUUUCAUUUGCGCUAAAGCCAGGCUACUGUGAUAACCUCGCUUAUUGGCCUUUAAUUUAUUGUGCAACAAAAUGCCCACAAUCAAAUCAAUUUUUAAUAUCGUCAAAAGAUCCUAUCAUAAGUCAAGCAGGAUAAUUAAGAUUUCUCAGGUUAUUUUCGGUUUAUGAUGUGUUAAAAAUGAGGUGACGUUUGGUGUAGUCUCAAACGUUCGUGAUUUACAAGUGCAAAUAGUGCUAUUCUUGUAUAACAAGCAUCAUUUACAUGUACAGUCAACUCUCUCCAAGACUGACACCUUUGGGACGGGCACUAAGUGUCCGUCUUAGAGAGAUGUCCGUCUUAUAAAGAGACAAAUAAAGGGAAUAAACAAAGGUAGGGACCAACUCUAGGUGUCCGUUUUACAGAGGUGUCCGUCUUAUAGAGGUGUCCGUUAAGAGAGAGUCGACUGUAAAAAAAGAAAAGAACAGUUAGGUUUGCAACAAUACAAAGUCAACUCCAGAGCAUGGUUUCGGAAAGGCCGCGAUUACUGCUAAUCAAGCCUCAAAGUUUUUGUUCCCCGUUUGGUAUUUUUUGGCCCUCCUAUAUGCAUUGCCUUGUGAGUCACAUUUUGUGGUUUUAUUACUGAAUCUCCGAGUAAAGGCUGAACAGUAUUUUGUAAGCUCGAGACGAGAAAACCUUGCAUAAUAUUUGGCGUAAUUCUGGCUUAAACUUAACUGUCGUUCGAGGAACCUGUCCCAGCCUCGCUCCUAUUUCAAGGGCCCUGGACACUAAGUACACAAUUGAAAAAUGGUCUCGAUUAUAAGGAGACAAAAGAACAUUAAAUCGCCACUAUCCUGGAUAAGGUAUAUGUUUCGGAUUUGUUAUCAAUAUUUAUCCUUAGCAAUUCUUUAGAUCUUCUGUAUUUACUUUUAUUUUUCUGUAUUUUUCCGAUGGUGAAAAGACCCUCAUGUCUACUUAAUCGAUAAUCUAAAGAAGGCCUUUAAAAAAAGGUCAUUGCUGAGGGUCCCCAUAGGGUUCUUCAAUCCCGUAAUCCCGUCCCAAAACUUUGUGUAAUCCCGUAAUCCCGAGGGUCAUUUUUAGCAUCCCAAUUUCAGUGCAUACUUUUGAUCCCAAAUCUCGUCCCGAUUGUGUUUAAGGUCCCGAAUCCCGAAUUUCAAAUGAGAGAAAUCCCGUGGACCCUCACUUCUGUUAUAAUUUGUUUUUCAAUUGCAUUUCACCGUAGAUACGGAACCACCCACAUUUAGCAAAUGCCCGGGGGACAUUGCGCGUGAAGAGGAAAAGAUUGAAGCAGUAGUGAGCUGGGAGGAGCCAGUGUUCUCCGAUAAUUCGGGCCGGAUUUUCUCUGCUGUUCCAAACAGGCAAAGUGGAUCUCUCUUUGCUGUUCCUGGUGUCUAUAACGUUCUAUAUACUGCAACGGACCCAUCCGGCAACGAGAACAAAAACUGCACAUUCAGAAUAACAUUGAAAAGUAAGUUACUAUCAAAUGAAGACAUUUUCAUCAGUUACUAAUGUUUGAUUGAAAGCUUUCAACAGGUUUGGUCAUUUCUUGCUUGGUUGGUAUUUUACAGCAGCGAGCUUGGGUCUUGCAAGCUGAAACAGAGGGAUAAUUUUGAGAAAAAAAAAACUCUAUAACUAUUUUUAUAUUGUUAAUUAAAUAACAUGACGUGUUUUGUUAGGCUUCGUCUGUUUUUACCCUCUAUCAGAAACGCCAAUUUAUUUACUCAAACAAAGUAAAUUCGUCACCAACUCGUUAAUUUCUUUUAAAUGCUUGAUCGCAUGACACAUCACGUGACCACAAUGAAAUGUUAAAGCACAAGAAUACCUCAAGAUUUACUUUUGGGGAACAGAUUGUUCUGGGUAUCCGAGCGAGAGAUAUUGCCAACAAUCAUAUGUUCCAAACACCUUUGACCCAGGCCUUGAGCCCCUUGAGAAUUCAUGAUACUGAAACAAUGCAUUAUGAGGGGUAUUAUGGAAACAAAGAAACAAACAGGAAAAGGAUUCACAGCGGUCAAACGAGUGAAAUUUGCAAAAGUUAAGCGAAAUACUUCAAAGUUAAGGUUGAUACUUUCACUAUCGAAAGUUUAGGGUAUUACCAACAUCCUGUUAGUUUACUAAACUUUUUAAAAGUUUACUAAAAAGUUCUAAGUGAUUGAAAACCGAUGCUGGCGUUACUGUCGGCGCCAUUUUCAAGCAUGAUUCUCUUUUAGCGUGAAGCGUUUUCAGCGAAAAAAGCUCAAAAUUUUGAGAAAAAUGGAAAGAUAGUUAUGUUGACUAACUGAUUCAUACAUCUUUGCCCAUUUUUCUCUAACUGGUAAAUGAAAUCCCAGCAAUAAAAAACAAAAGUAACGAUUUAGACGUUUGACCGCGGUGGUAGAAAAGGAAUGCUCAUUCGCGACCUUGGUAAUCAAACUUUUGAAAAAAUAAACUCUAGUCUCAAAGUCUCAGAUUUCAGUCUUGUAGAUCUCGACCAUAUCGCACAGUCUUCAUCAGUAUUAGCCUCCCACGCACACGUUCUUAGGAGUUCGUCACGCGUUCCUGCCCCACUAACGUCUGCUGAACCGAAAGAUAAAUUCCUUUCCCAUUGUUCGCAAAUAUCAACUGGAGAUCACAUGGGGAUUAUUGGGGAUCCAAUCGGUGCUGUUGAAGUCAAAGUGUUGACAAGCCAAACACAUACGUGCAAGCUCGGUAGAGUGUGAUACGUGACCAAAGAUAUUUGGUCCGGAGGAGAAUCUAGGAGAUAAGCGUUGGCUUUUUGUUUAUUUCUCUCUGUAAAGGCUCGAUUAGAUGUCAUUUGCUCAUAAAGUUGUUCUCUUGGUGAUGAAACGGCGGCGUUACUUUGCAACUGAACAAAAGGCAGAAUUUUUGCCACUCUUUAUUGUUUGUGGUAAAGCCGACUUCCGUUCAGCAAAUUUAACCUCCGAGAUAAUUUUUUAAUGGGAUUGUGAGGGUAGCCUCUAGUACGAACGCUUGGGAGUUAACUGAGUAGUUUGUGCUAAAACUGUAAGAUCUUCACCUUUCAUGAGACCUCUCUGACCUUUUCUAGAGCUAAGUCAAGCGAGAAAUUUCUUAAGGCCCAAAGUGCAAUAACCAGAUCUGGAAGUCUGCUGUGAUUGGUCUAUGUUUUUUCCGCUCAAAUCAGCAGACGUUAUUGGGGGAGGAACGCGUGACGAACCCCUAAGAGCGUCUGCCGGGAAGGCUACAUCAGCAUAGGUUAGGGCAGACAACUAGUGCUCUGGGGAAGAGCACGUGAAGAACGACACAAGAGAACUUUUUGGCUAUAAACUUGACGAGUUAACAGAAAACAACAAAGUUUUACUUUUCUUCUCAGGUAAGGAAACAAUUCAAACUUUUAACGGUUCCAUUUAAGCCACUACGCUGUUGCUUGCGAGGUGAUAAACUUGUGAAUUGCCAUGUUUGAAAAUUCUGCAAAGAUCUAUUCUUAAACUUUCGCGUGAUUUGAUCCGUCAAUCAAAUCAUGGUUUUUAAUGCUUUCCUCUCUGAUUUUGUUGAGAUCACUUCUUGUCUAUAUACUAAAGCAAUUAUUCUUUUCAAUCUCGGUGGUGGCUUUAGGAAUAUUUACCUCGAUUUCAAAGAAUAAUUGUCAAAUAUAACCUCUUUAUACAAGUUUUUGUCUAUUGCACUCCUCCACCAAUCACAUUUUAUUUUUUUUUUGUAUUAUUUCAAAUACUGUGGCCAUUUUUUCUCUUCUCACUGUGCUUUUCUAGCCCCUGAUGAAGACUAGUUUUGUCUAGUCGAAAUAUUGGGCAAAUAACUUUGUAACCCUUAGCUGUCCGAUCAGCCUUGCCUUCAAUUUUAAGUAUUAAAAGAAAAAGCAAGGAGGCCAUCCGUAUCAGACGCCAGAGACCAACCCUAAGCAGAGAUGGGGGCUAUGAACUUCCCGUGAUUUUUAAUUGUUUGUUUUCAUGUGACUAAUUCACGUAACAACACUGAGCGUUUAUUGCUGAUGAAGACUGUGCCAUACGGUCGAAAGCUAAAAUCUGAGACUUUGACAUCAGAAUUUAUUUCUUCAAAUACCAAUAUUGUUAAGAAAUGAUGAAAUUAACGUGUCUUCAUUGUUGUAGACUGCAUCAUUUCCAAAGAAUCUGAAAGAACUUUUCUACGAUUUUCUUAAUUGAAAAAAAAAUGGCAAAGCCAGGUCAAUUGUUUCAACAUCAGUGAUCAGGGCAUACGUUUAUACAGUUAUUUGUAUCUCUACCUAAAAUCCAUUUUUUUUGCAAACCUUAAUGCUAAACGUUCAGAGGGAUACAAGUUCUGUUGUUCCUCUUGCCUUCACAGGAAAACAGUGUACUCCUUUUACUCCUCCUCGUAACGGUGCCCUGGUGUGUGCAACGCCGAAAAGUGAUCUUUGUGCAGUCAUGUGUCGUACUGGUACCGAUUUUGAAUCUAACCCACCGUUUCUGUAUUACUGUUCGAGUGGAGUGUGGAAGUUAUUUUCGCCUCUCCCUUUAUUUAAAGCAGGUACUCCCGGGCCAAACUGUGCUGGUAAGUCUCUAAAUGUUCCUAAUUUUAUUUAUUGUUUUUCUCUUACAUAAAGGGGCAGUGUCACGAGGAUAGUGCUAUUAUUUUAUGUCAAUUUUGUGGUGAGGUCAUUACUUAGUGUCUUCAACCAUACAUAAUUCAAAUACUCCUUCAGAGUUGUGGAGACGUUAUGAUACUUAACUCAUCAGGGAACAUUAACCAUUAUAGAUCUUUUGGUGAUUUUUAGGCCAAAAGUUUCUAGUCAAUUUAUGCCCGUCCUUACCGUCUGUUGUAACAGACGACAGGAAACAGUUCCAGUGCCUGGAUAUAGUCUUAAAUAACAAAACUGGACCAUUAUUUUCGGGAUUAAAUCGAUGUGAAGACACUUUUUAUCUUUUUAAAAAGAUAGACAAAAAGCCUUUGAAGUUCGUUCAUUGUUUACAAAAUUUUUUUUCGGCCCUUCGGACCUCAGUUUUGUCCAAAGAUAAGGGGCGGGGGCGUUCCCUCCGGGCUACUCCCCUGGAUCCGCCACUGUAUUUAUACUUAACAGCAAAACAGUGCAGAAUACGUCUGGUUAGUUUAAUAACGUGUCAAGACACUCAAAUUUAAAACCUCAAAAACUUGUGUGAAAAUUAAAAAGAAAUUAAACUUACCCACCUUAUUCCAAAAUGGCGUCAAAUUUUGUUUUUAUUUUGUCUCAAUGUAGAAUUUGUUUUUGAAUUCUACAGAGUUAUAAAAAUAUUCGUUUGUCCGGUGCCGAAAAUAUCAUAAUGAAAAGGUUUCGCCGAGCUUCACAUCUCGGUAGAUUUACUUUGUGGAACAACGGCCGCCGAGCUACACAACUCGGUGGAUUUAGUGUUGUGGCACUACGGCGGACUAGCUACACAACUCAGUAGACUUAGUUUGUGGCACAGCGGACGCCGAACUUCACAACUCGCCGGUAAAUUUACUUUGUGGCUCAACGACCCGCGAGUUAAACAACCCGGUUUGACGCAUGCACCAGGAGUCGCACUCAUUUUCCAAAUAAAAAUAUGAAGGCUUAAUCCAAAGUAAAAUUUUACCCAGGAGGUAAACUUUCAGCAAGCGUUUGAAAGAUGAACACUUUACGAAGACAUAGGAGACCUCAGCAAACGUUUGAAAGAUGAACGCCGAGGACACACGAAUCACCACGUGAGUUAGCGCGUCAAAGUUAGGCAAAACGUAAGGAAGUGCCUCAAAGCGAAGCAAAUGUGUCGACACAAAUGCAAUCUCAAAAAAAUCUUCCUUACUAGGAGUAAUCAGAGCUUAGGAGAGUGCGUUCGAUAGCAGUUGAGGGGGAAGGGUGGAUGGUUAUUGCGAUAGAUUAAUUUGAUUAUGGCAUAUUUUAAACGUAAGGAUUUCGUAUACAGCGAAAAAGUGAAAAAGUCUUGAAGGCUAGUGAUAUCGUAAGGUUCGUCUCUGUAAUCAACAAGUGCAGUAAUUUGGUCGAGUUUGUUGAUUCCAGAGACUUGAGUGGAGCUACUGUGGGCUGUUUAUAAGUUUUUUCAAAUACAUAACAUAACACCCAACAGUAAUAAGGGGUUGCGUUCUCGUACCUCGAACGCAACUAAAAAACGCAAUGGUAACCUAAAAUAACGAGUUGACUAAAAAAUAUCGGUUGUUUACCAUUUACAAAAUUUUCCAGAAAAUCCGAUUGGAAUGUAAAUGGUACACCACUCCGGGUCGUUUCAGGAGAAAAUUUCUGGGGGAAACGGCAUUGUUUAAAAGGUAGUCCGGUCUACCCGGUCAGAUUGGUCCAAACCGAAAUUCAUUAUCCAUUCCUUCGACGCUAUUUUUGAUAUUAGUUUUAAGCUUUUGCAGCUGUUUUUUGGCAAAUGGAAGUGAUCUGUGCAAAAGGUAACCGCGAAUUCCGGGACAAAAUAUAUCAUUCCUGACUUUUGCGUAAACUGAUUUACCCAAACGGUGAACUAGAUCGGUUUGUCCACUGAUGUAAAUCCAGACGUCGUUUAUCGAUAAAUCGAUAAUCAAUAACAAUAAAUAGUAAUCGACAUCAAUCAUCGGUGAAUAUCGAUUUCCGAUAUCAAUCGAUAGAAAUCGAUAAAGAAAAAAGUAGUGACUUCGAUUUAUAUCUCAAUGAUUUUCCGAUAGUUAUCGAUGAUGAUUUUUAUCGAUUGUUUUCGAUUACCAUCGAUUCCUAUCGAUUGUUAUCGAUUUUGUCAAUCGAUAAAGUAUUUUUUUCUGUGACUUCGAUUUCUAUCGGAUUCCGAAAUUAAUCGAUAUUAAUCACCGGAUUAAAUCGAUUAAUAUCGAUAAUAACGAUUGAUUUCCGAUAUAGAUUUUUAUUAUAUACAUACUGAGAAAUACACACCAAAAAGCUAUGUCGUAAAUUUUCAUACGCAAAUGGGUUCUAGCCCAUCAAAGGAGCGAACGAUGGUUUACACACGUGCAAAAAAUGAUACGUCCAUUAGAAUCGCGAACGAUGUCUUUUCACGUGUGAGAAAAAUAAUACGUCCAAUCAGAGGCCACAGAGGUGUGUGAGUUUCGCGCCAAAAUUCCCGCCUUUUAUAGGCGCUUGCAGCUUGCAGCGCCACUUCGCAGACAUUCAACGAGAAACGUUUUUCUCGAAGUGUUUUUCUCGUGAAAAAAGUGAAAAACAUCUUGGAAAUUGGAGUGGAAUAGUUUCUUUUGUUUUACUGUCGAUGAAGAAAACUAUAUAGAGAGAGAGUCGGCACAACAACAGCGCAAGGGGAAAAUCAGAACGAGACGUAUAAAGCUGAAGUUGUGCUUUUUAUCUGAGUUACUUUGUCUUCUGUUUAAGCUUAGGCUUAUAUUCAAACCAGCCAUUUUACUUAAUUCGUUCAUUUUCAAUUGUGCAUUCAGAAAAAACAGAUUUCUUGUAUGUAGUUCUUGGAUUACUUCAUAUCCUUACCCUCACUAUAUUCAAGUUACUACAAACAUUUUAACAAAUAAGCUGAUACUUCGACUUGGUUAUCACUUUUUGACCUGUUUCGUGGUGUGUAGCGGCAAAUUUUAGCAUUUUGGAAAGAUUUGAAAUAAAAAGGCUGCCAAAAUGAUGAUUGUCUCAGUAUGUAUAUAAUAAACACAACACUAGACAAGUGUAAAUGGGUCAAACCACCAGGUUACCGUUCUUUAAAACAAUAGUGAGUUUACGCAACAGGACGGCAAAGAAGAAGAAGAGGGCAAAACGCUUGUGUGUGACAAACAUGACAGGGCUGUUACUUGCAUGUUUUGUCGUGAUCUUCACUUAGCACUAAUGUUUUCUGGUCUUCAACAAAAAGAUCUGUUUAAAGGAAAGUGAAGUGUGCUGAAAAAGUUCUUUAAAACAAAAUUAUUGUCACGCUUGUCACAAAAGGUUCGCCGUCUUCCUUCCUCUCCUGUCCUGUUGCGUAAGUUCACUAAUAAAUCAGAUUUGGACAUUAAAAAGCAAAACAACUCUGCACGUGCAUUACUAUUUUUAAUUUUGUUCAUUUCUUUGCCGUUACUGUACGACUACGACGUAAAAAUGCCUGAUUUAAUCCUCUAUGGAGGACUCGAGCGACGACGAAAUUUUCUUUUUCUUGUGAACUUGGAUAUUGUUCUUAUGAAUUCAGUUUCAGAAGAGUUCGCCUACAUUCAGCAAAGUAAGUGAGUUUGAAUAAUCGCGGUAUGAAGAUUGAAAGAACGCGACAGCGCUUUUGGGGCGACGUUUUCGCCGCCCGUCCUCGGAUAUUAGGUUAGGCCAGUUCACACUAUAACAGAAGGUUUUUUGAACCGACACGAAAAGUUAUCUGGUAACAUCUAUCCGAUAUGAGACUCUUCACUUUAGAGAUCGGCUUCGAUCAGUAACAGAAAUCGGGCCGAAAUCACCAUUCUGUCAGUGAAAAGAGAAGCCCUAACGGCGUCGGUAUAUAGAUUUCGGGCAGGUGCAAAUUAAAACUAUAAUAUAGUGUGAACAUAACCAUAAGCUCCCUACUGUAUAUACGUAAUUCAAUAAAGGUUGCUUUGUGGUCAUCGGUAAUUGAACAAUUGGGUAUACGGAACUCACUGCAAUGAUUUGCUUGAGUGAUUGCCAAACAAUUGGUUGGCAGUACGCAAUUGCCAAUACUCAAUGCAACCCGUCUAUUGAAUCACUCAUAUAAAUGAUAACGUUCUUUUCAUGCGGAUUUUUCCUUACUUUUGCCUUUUUCUAAAACCUUGUUGCAGUUGGUGUAAAUCAUUCUCAGAUGAAGAUCUUUCCAUAUUUCUACUUUGAUGGAGAUGCGCCUAACGUCCAAGAUACAAUAAAGAACAACUUCUACCAGUUGUUAAUGUCACCGUAUCUUCCAGCUUUUUUUUCCUGCAAGUUUUCCCCCCAUUUAUGCUUAAAGAAUGACAUGUCUGUUUCUCUUGGAGUCAAAGGUAAAUGUUAG